UAGGAAAGUAAAAGUCGCUGAGGAUAUGUAUAAAGGUGGAGAGGAAAAAGGUGAUUUUGAAACUCCCAUAAACCUUUUGGGCAUUGCAAAUAGCAGGAUAAGAUAUGAGUUUACUCUCUUUCCCAUUGCCCUCCGCUCCCAAUUAUUUCCCUUGUACUAGUCUUGUAAUCUAUCAGUCGCAUGGAUCCAGUUGUGCUCAAACCAGGCCAUCCAAUGCGGCGGCCCGAGGAGAACAGGUUGAGGAGAAGAAAAUGGGGAGGAGGCUCUUCUUCAGUUUCGUUGCUGGAUCGGGAGCCAUGUCUGCAGCAUUGCCAUCCUUGGGGAAGACAAAGAAACCGAGCCCGUUUGAUGAGAGACGCCUACUUGAGCAGAACAGGCGAAUUCAGAGAGAGAAUAACGUGCCUGAUGACUUCCCUAGUUUUCUGAGAGAAGGUUUCCAGGUUAAAGUAGUGGCACCAGACUACUAUGUUACGCGUGAUUCAGGCCUUGUGUUGUGGGAUAUUGCACCCGGCCAAGGUGAUUGUCCAAAGGCUGGUCAACAGGUGACGUUUCACUACAUCGGUUAUAAUGAGUCAGGGCGACGUAUAGACAGCACAUACUUACAAGGUUCUCCUGCCAAAGUUCGACUUGGUACUAACGGAUUAAUCCCAGGGUUCGAGGAAGGAAUCAGAGACAUGAAGCCUGGAGGGAAACGGAGGAUAAUCGUCCCUCCAGAGCUAGGUCCACCGGUCGGCCCUUCCACUUUUUUCAGCUCCAAGCAGUUUGAAGUUUUUGAUAUAGAAUUGCUAAGCAUUCAAGAUUGCACGAGGAGGACCAUCGGGUUUUAUUCCGAUGUUGUUUGUAAUUAAGGAGGGAGAAAGACUGUUUUUGAGUUUCUAGUCUUGUAGGAAAAUGAACAGGAGCUCGUAGAGAGACCAAGUGAAAAUUUUCUGAUUCAUUAUGAAUCAAUGUAUGUAAUAGGUGGAGAUGCACGCAACAAAACAAAUCUGUGCAAUACAUUAACUAUUCUCAAUUACAAUAAUACAUACUCGCCAUAA